UUCUGGCCUGGAGUGAUGGCUGGGGAAAACCAUACUACACUGCCUGAAUUCCUCCUUCUGGGAUUCUCUGACCUCAAGGCCCUGCAGGGCCCCCUGUUCUGGGUGGUGCUUCUGGUCUACCUGGUCACCUUGCUGGGUAACUCUCUGAUCAUCCUCCUCACACAGGUCAGCCCUGCCCUGCACUCCCCCAUGUACUUCUUCCUGCGCCAACUCUCAGUGGUGGAGCUCUUCUACACCACUGACAUCGUGCCCAGGACCCUGGCCAAUCUGGGCUCCCCGCAUCCCCAGGCCAUCUCUUUCCAGGGCUGUGCAGCCCAGAUGUACGUCUUCAUUGUCCUGGGCAUCUCGGAGUGCUGCCUGCUCACGGCCAUGGCCUAUGACCGAUAUGUUGCCAUCUGCCAGCCCCUACGCUAUUCCACCCUCUUGAGCCCACGUGCCUGCAUGGCCAUGGUGGGUACCUCCUGGUGGCUCACAGGCAUCAUCACGGCCACCACCCAUGCCUCCCUCAUCUUCUCUCUACCUUUUCCCAGCCACCCGAUCAUCCCGCACUUUCUCUGUGACAUCCUGCCAGUACUGAGGCUGGCAAGUGCUGGGAAGCACAGGAGCGAGAUCUCCGUGAUGACAGCCACCAUAGUCUUCAUUAUGAUCCCCUUCUCUCUGAUUGUCACCUCUUACAUCCGCAUCCUGGGUGCCAUCCUAGCAAUGGCCUCCACCCAGAGCCGCCGCAAGGUCUUCUCCACCUGCUCCUCCCAUCUGCUCGUGGUCUCUCUCUUCUUUGGAACAGCCAGCAUCACCUACAUCCGGCCGCAGGCAGGCUCCUCUGUUACCACAGACCGCGUCCUCAGUCUCUUCUACACAGUCGUCACACCCAUGCUCAACCCCAUCAUCUACACCCUACGGAACAAGGACGUGAGGAGGGCCCUGCGACACCUGGUGAAGAGGCAGCGCCCCUCGCCCUGA